AUCCUGGGGAGGAGCGAAAAUGGGAUCCCGCGGAGGAAAACGCGUGGAAUCCGGGGGGCGGGGUCAGAACGCCAGGAGGGGGCGGGGCCGGAGCCAGGGUCGGCUCGGCUGGGGGGAGGAGCUGGUGGAUCCUGUGACGUCAGCGAGUCCGGACCGCCCGAGCUGAGCGAGGGGCCCGGGGUGCCGAGCCGGGCGAGCCGGGCGAGCCGGGCGGGGAGAGCCGGGCCGGAGAGCAGAACAGGGAGGCCAAAGCGCGGCGGGAACCGACCCGGAGCCGGAGCCGGAGCCCCCCAGGCACCUGCUCGCCCGCCUGGCCGAUCGGCCCGCACAGAGUGGCCCGCGGGCCCCCGGCGGGGCCCGGUCCCCUCCCGGGCCCUCCAUGGCCCGGGCCGCAGCCCUUCUGCCGUCGAGAUCGCCGCCGACGCCGCUGCUGUGGCCGCUGCUGCUGCUGCUGCUGCCGCUGCUCCGGGAAACCGGAGCCCAGGAUGUGCGAGUUCAAGUGCUUCCCGAGGUGCGUGGCCAGCUUGGGGGCACCGUGGAGCUGCCGUGCCACCUGCUCUCCCCUCUUCCUGGACUGUUCGUCUCCCUGGUGACCUGGGAGCGCUCAGACGUACCUGUGAAACAACAGAAUGUGGCCGCCUUCCACCCUAAGUUGGGUGCCAGCUUCCCCAGCCCGGAGCCCGGCAGCGAGCGGCUGUCCUUUGUCUCUGCCAAGCAGAGCACUGGGCAAGACACAGAGGCGGAGCUCCAGGAUGCCACGCUGGCCCUCCAAGGGCUCACGGUGGAGGACGAGGGCAACUACACUUGCGAGUUUGCCACCUUCCCCAAGGGCCCCGUCCGGGGCUUGACCUCACUCAGAGUCAUAGCCACGCCCCAGAACCACGCUGAAGCCCAGGAGGUCACACUGAGCCCGGACCCUGCACCAGUGGCCCGCUGCAUCUCCAAAGAGGGCCGCCCACCUGCCCAGAUCUCCUGGCUCUCCUCCCUGGAUGGGGAAGCCAAAGAGACCCAGGUGCCAGGGACCCUGGCUGGCACUGUCACCAUCACCAGCCGCUUCAUCUUGGUGCCCUUGGGCCGAGCAGAUGGCGUCACUGUCACCUGCAAAGUGGAGCAUGAGAGCUUGGAGGAGCCAGCCCUGUUACCUGUGACCCUCUCUGUACGCUACCCUCCGGAAGUGUCCAUCUCUGGCUAUGAUGACAACUGGUACCUCGGCCGCACUGAUGCCACCCUGAGCUGCGAUGUCCGCAGCAACCCAGAGCCCACGGGCUAUGACUGGAGCACGACCUCAGGCACCUUCCCGACCUCCGCAGUAGCCCAGGGCUCCCAGCUGGUCAUCCACGCGGUGGACAGCCUGUUCAACACCACCUUCAUCUGCACGGUCACCAAUGCCGUGGGCACGGGCCGAGCUGAGCAGGUCAUCUUUGUCCGAGAGACCCCCAACACAGCGGGCGCAGGAGCCACGGGCGGCAUCAUUGGGGGCAUCAUCGCUGCCAUUAUCGCUACUGCUGUGGCCGCCACGGGCAUCCUUAUCUGCCGGCAGCAGCGGAAGGAGCAGACGCUGCAGGGGGCAGAGGAGGACGAAGACCUGGAGGGACCUCCCUCCUACAAGCCACCGACCCCAAAAGCGAAGCUGGAGGAGCAGGAGAUGCCCUCCCAGCUCUUCACUCUGGGGGCCUCGGAGCACAGCCCACUCAAGACCCCCUACUUUGACUCUGGCGUCUCAUGCACUGAGCAGGAAAUGCCUCGAUACCAUGAGCUGCCCACGUUGGAAGAGCGGUCAGGACCCUUGCACCCUGGAGCCACAAGCCUGGGGUCCCCCAUCCUGGUGCCUCCAGGGCCACCUGCUGUGGAAGCCAUUUCCCUGGAUCUAGAGGAUGAGGAGGGGGAGGAAGAGGAAGACUAUCUAGACAAGAUCAACCCUGUCUAUGAUGCCCUGUCCUACGACAGCCCCUCUGAUUCCUAUCAGGACAAAGGCUUUGUCAUGUCCCGGGCCAUGUAUGUGUGACCUGCCAUGGGCCUGGCUUCUCAAGUCUCACCUGUUGAUCCCUUAGCUCUCUUGCCAAGGAUCUAGUGACCUGACCUCUGGCCAGGCCACUGUCAGAUAACACAUAUCCAUCUCAUUUGUGACUUCUACCUUGGUGGCUCCACUAUGAGCCCUAACCCAUGAUCCCAGAGAAUCUCACCAUGAUAAUGGAAUCCUGGUAACUUUAUCUCAUGAGGCAGGAGGUGGGGAAGGUGUUUCUGCGCAACACCUGACCCUAAGGACUCCUCUCUCAGACUGUGACCUUAUACCAUACCUCUCACUUCCCACCAAUGCCUUGACUCCCCCAAAUCACAGAGAAGACCCUAGAUCCAUAAUUUAUCUUCAGGCAGUAAAUUCCCAAUAGGAGUGCUGAAGUGUGUUCCAAGAUCUCCCUGCUGCUCAGACCUGAGCCCUCCAGGCAGCAGGGCCCCACUUACCCCUCCCCAUCCUGUUCUCCAAACGUAGGGGAGAGGGGAUUCCCCAGCCCAAGGCAGAGUUUUCCCUUGCAAGCAGAAGCCUUGAGGGUCCAGACCCUUCCCUGAGCCCCUCACCCACCCCAAUUCCUGCCUACUGAGCAACAGCCCCAGCCUAGGGCCAGAUGGGGUGAGGCCCAUGCAGACUGUUGCCUUGACUGCCCAGCCUUGGGAGAAGAAUUUACUGUUAACUUGAAGACUACUCAAUCAUUUUACCCCUGCCCAAUGGAAUAGGACCUAAACAUCCCCCUUCGGGGUAAAGUGGGUCACCUGUAUUGGGGGUAGGGAUUGAUAUUGUUUUAUACACUACAUUUCCUACAAAAUAGGAAUUUAUACUUUGA